AUGGUUCCUUCAGUCAAUGGUUUGAAAAAAGCCCCGAAAAGCUGCCUUGUCUGUGGGAUUACCAAAGCUAGCACUCACUUCGGCGCCGUCGUCUGCAUGGCUUGCGCCUCAUUCUUCCGACGCACUGUCUCAUUCAACAUUAGAUUUCUGUGUAGAUUCUCAAAUCAAUGCCGGAUUGCUCAAGACCUCCGAUUCAUCUGUCGUUCGUGUCGAUUCGAUAAGUGUGAGGCUGUCGGAAUGCAACGACAUAUGGUUCAAGCUAAACGUAACGACAAUAAACUCCCGAAAUACGUUCUGGAAUCUAGAAAAGAAGGAGUCCGAGAAGUCGUCAGAGGGUACAUAACAUCCGCGUACAAUACUCCUGGGAAAAGUUCGAUCCGAGAAUCGAGUCCAGAAGAGACGAGUUCGGAGGUCGGAGAAUUGGAGAGGUUCAGCACGAUAUUGAAUGUAAAACAUGAAGAAUUGAUGUUGUAUUAUGUGAAGGAAAUCAAGAAUGCGAUGGCAAGUCGGGAGGCAGCAGAGGUUGAUUUGUCAGAGACCACCCUCCAACAAUUCAUCUCCACCAAACAACGCACCGACUCUCUCGCCGUCGACAUUUGCACAAUGUGUCCUGGAACAGAUCUCCUCGAAACCGCUGAUAUCAAUAUCUUAUUCCGUUACUGUUCAUUUGCCAGUCUCUGGAUGGACUCUGCGUGGAUUAGUGCCAGCCGUCAAGAUUGGGUUAAUACAGAAAAAUCGGAAAGAGAAGAUAUCCUGACCGCCUUCAUCCACCAAUUCCAAGCCGCCAUCACCACACAAUUAGCCCGUUUGCAACUCGACAUUUUUGAGUAUGCCGCUCUGAAAUCGUUUUGCAUUUGGAAAUUGGGAAUUCUCGAUUCAACUUUGACGCUAAAAGUUGUUGCUGGAGAACAGUAUUUCGGGAUUACAAGUGCAUUGAGCAAUUAUUAUCAAGUUGCGAAAAAUAUGGCGCCAUUUGAAAUGGCCACGAGAUUAGCAGAUAUCACUUUGUUGAUUGCACCUAUUUUUAAUGUCUAUCAAGACAUGCUCAAGGUGUAUCACACUCUUCAAAUUGAGGACCGCUUCAAGGAGGAGUAA